AUGAUUUCUGCAGAAUUCUCACCAACAUUCUUCCCCUUCAACGCUCACCCAAAACACACAACUGCUCACCAUCAUUACUCUGUUAUAACCUGUAGAAACCCAAACUCAAACCCUAGUCCCAACCACAGUAGAAGCUCUUCUUCAAAUGUCAUACUUACUACCACUUCGAAGCCUGCCCAUUUCCAAUCCUACACUUACAAAGAGACACAUUUCAUGAAAUUGCUCAACAGAUCCUGCAAAGCAGGUAAAUACGACGAGUCACUCUACUUUCUGGAGCUCAUGGUCGGCAAAGGUUAUAAACCUGACGUGAUCCUCUGUACGAAGCUCAUUAAGGGCUUCUUCAACACAAAGCGGGUCGAAAAGGCAGUUAAAGUCAUCCAGAUACUCGAAUCCCAUGGUGAACCAGAUGUUUUCGCCUAUAAUGCAGUAAUCAGCGGGUUUUGUAAGUUGAAUCAAAUCGAUUCAGCCAACAGAGUGCUAGAUCGGAUGAGAAAUCAAGGGUUUUCACCGGACGUGGUUACUUACAAUAUUCUGAUCGGUAGUCUAUGUAGUAGAGGGAAACUUGGAUUUGCUAUGAAGAUGUUGGAUAAGCUACUGGAGGAUAACUGUAAACCUACGGUUAUUACUUACACAAUUUUGAUCGAGGCCACCAUUUUUGACGGUGGGAUUAAUGAAGCGAUGAAGCUUCUAGAUGAGAUGUUGUCUAGACGUCUUCAACCUGAUAUGUACACUUACAAUGCAAUAAUCAGAGGUCUAUGUAGAGAAGGAAUGAUGGAUGAAGCUUUUGAAUUCGUAAGAAGUUUACCAUCAAAAGGAUGUAAACCAGAUGUCAUCUCCUACAACAUUCUACUACGAGCAUUGUUGAAUCAAGGGAAAUGGGGUGAUGCAGAGAGAUUAAUGGAAGAAAUGUUCUCAAGAAACUGUGAGUUAAAUGCUGUUACUUAUAGCAUUUUAAUAACCUCUUUAUGUCGCGAUGGCAAGGUAGAUGAAGCUAUGAAUAUGUUAAAGAUCAUGGUAGAAACUGGGCUUACUCCUGAUGCUUUCACUUUUGACCCUUUGAUUUCUGCUUUUUGUAAAGAAGGCAGACUUGAUGUAGCAAUCGGUUUUCUAGAUUACAUGAUAUCAACAGGAUGUUGGCCGGAUAUAGUAAAUUACAACACAGUGUUAUCAGCUUUGUGUAAAAACGGAAAUGCAGAUGAAGCAAUGCAGAUUUUUGAAAGAUUAGGUGAAACAGGGUGUCCACCUGAUGUAAGCACGUAUAACACAAUGAUAAGUGCUUUAUGGAACAAUAAAGAAAGGGAGAAAGCUUUGAGUAUGGUUUCUGAGAUGAUUAUAAAAGGAAUCAACCCUGAUGAGAUCACAUACAAUGCUCUCAUAUCAUGUUUGUGUAGAGAUGGAAUGGUGGAUGAGGCGAUUGGGUUGUUGGAAAGUAUGAAAAGUAAUGGAUUUAUGCCUAGUGUUAUAACUUAUAAUAUCAUACUUCUUGGAUUGUGUAAAGCUCAUAGAAUGGAUGAUGCUAUUCAUGUGUUGGAAGAAAUGGUGGAAACGGGUUGUCAACCAAAUCAGACAUCUUACAUUUUGUUGGUGGAAGGGGUCGGGUUUUCAGGCAGAAGGGCAGAGGCUAUUGACUUGGGUCAUUCUCUUUUCCAAAUGAAAGUAAUCUCACAAGAAUCAUUUACAAGGUUGAAAAAGACUUUCCCAUUUCUGGAUUCUGAAAACAGAUAUAGCUAA